GUAAUAAAUUUAUUUCAACAACAACAACAAGAAGGCUUUGUACUCAUUUCAUUUCACAGAAAGACGCACACACAGAGAUAAAGAAGGAAAGAGACAUUGAACCUUUCCAUUACGAUCAAAUUAGGGUUUUGCUUUCUUCAUUUCUUCGCUUCGGAUCUGAUCGCAACCUUAUCAAAUUCUCAACCCACAGAUCGAUUCGAUCGCGUAUUCGUAUAUUCACUCCCAAAAAAAAAAAAAAAAAAAAAACUGAUUCCUUGGAUUUGAGUCACAUUUUUCAGUAAUCACUUUUCAUGUUCCACUUUGAAUUCGAAUUUUCCCCUCCUUCGGUUGUUCGAUAGAUCUUGAAAAUUGGCUCCUCAAAGGCGAUCGCAGCGCCACAUGGGUGGCCAGAUGCAGCAGAGCAAUGCUGCUGCAGCGGCGGCCACGACGGCUUUGUACGAUCACGCCGGUGCGGGAGGCAGUGGUGGCAGUGACGCCGGCAGCGAUGCGGUCAUGGCACGGUGGCUUCAGUCCGCAGGGUUGCAGCAUCUGGCCUCUCCCUUGGCCUCUACCGGCAUCGAUCACCGCCUCCUCCCCAAUCUCCUCAUGCAGGGCUAUGGAGCACAGUCUGCUGAAGAGAAACAGAGGCUUUUUAAGUUGAUGAGAAACCUCAAUUUUAAUGGGGAGUCUGGGUCUGAUCCAUAUACGCCUACCACCCAAUCCUCAGGAGGAGUGGCUGUAUCAGAGGGGUUUUAUUCUCCAGAGUUCAGGGGUGAUUUUGGAGCUGGGCUUUUGGAUCUUCAUGCUAUGGAUGAUACAGAGCUUUUAUCUGAGCAUGUUAUUUCAGAACCUUUUGAGCCAUCGCCCUUUAUGCCUGGUGGUCCAAGAACAUUUGAUGAUGAUUUUGGUGUGACAAGUGGUGGACAGCUAAGAGGGCAAUCAGAUGCAGAUGCAUCAGUUCCAUUACCUAUAAAUGAAAAAGAGACAACAAAGGAAAACAAUGUGGCAAAGAUAAAAGUUGUGGUACGAAAAAGACCUCUGAACAAGAAGGAGCUUUCUCGGAAGGAGGAGGACAUAGUAAAUGUUUAUGACAGUUCUUAUUUGACUGUCCAUGAGCCCAAACUGAAGGUGGACUUGACUGCAUAUGUGGAGAAGCAUGAGUUUUGUUUUGAUGCUGUUCUCAAUGAGCAUGUCACCAAUGAUGAGGUUUACCGGGUUACUGUUGAACCAAUCAUUCCUACCAUAUUUGAGCGAGCAAAGGCUACAUGUUUUGCUUAUGGUCAGACAGGUAGUGGUAAGACCUUCACAAUGCAACCAUUGCCUCUCAGGGCUGCAGAAGACCUUGUUAGAUUGUUACAUCAGCCAUUCUACCGUAAUCAGAGAUUCAAAUUGUGGCUUAGCUAUUUCGAGAUAUAUGGUGGAAAACUCUUUGAUCUUCUGACUGAUAGAAAGAAACUCUUUAUGAGGGAAGACUCGAGGCAACAAGUUUGCAUUGUCGGACUGCAAGAAUUUGAAGUUUUAGAUGUACAAAUUGUUAAAGAGUUUAUUGAGAGGGGAAAUGCUGCAAGAAGCACUGGGUCCACUGGUGCCAAUGAGGAAUCUUCUAGGUCACAUGCUAUCUUACAACUCGUUGUUAAGAAGCAUGGUGAGAUAAAAGAUGCCAAACGUGGCAAUGAUGGAAAUGAGUCUAAAACUGGGAAAGUUGUUGGGAAGAUUUCUUUCAUUGAUCUUGCUGGUAGUGAAAGAGGUGCUGACACUACUGACAAUGACCGACAGACAAGGAUUGAGGGAGCAGAAAUUAACAAGAGUCUUUUGGCUCUCAAGGAAUGCAUUCGUGCUCUGGACAAUGACCAGAUCCAUAUUCCUUUUCGUGGGAGCAAACUUACAGAGGUGCUUCGUGACUCCUUUGUUGGCAAUUCAAGGACUGUUAUGAUCUCUUGCAUUUCCCCAAAUGCAGGUUCAUGUGAGCAUACCCUCAAUACUUUGCGAUAUGCAGACCGGGUUAAAAGUCUCUCCAAAAGUGGAAAUGCGAGAAAGGAUCAGGCUAUAAAUUUAUUACCAUCAAUUAAUAAAGAUGUUUUACCAGCAUCAUCUUUGCCGGUGUCUGUUGAAUCAGAGGAUGUUUUUGAACAGCGUCAGGAGGUGAAAGUAGCUGAUACGGGUAGAAGGGUUUUGGAAAAGGAAAAUCUCUCAUACAAUCCUACUGUGGAUUAUAGUAAACAGCCCUCCAGUUUCUCAUCAAGUUACCCCUUAAAUGGGCGAGAGGAAAAAGGGGUGCCUUCUGGCUCAAUGGAUAGGGAGAGAUACGAAAUAAAAAAUUCUUAUGGCGAUUCUACUAUUCCAAAGACAUACUCCUCUUAUCCCCAAAACUUAGUUGAUACAGAAGAGAAAGUGCAAAAAGUGUCACCACCUCGCAGAAAAGUGUCUAGGGAAGAAAAAUCAGAGAAGCUGGGGAAUUGGCUGAGAAAAGAUUCUAGUGGAUCGGAUAUUUCCACCACAAGCACCAAGCAGCAGAAUACAGUCAAUUACAACACAAAUAAUGUUGGAUCCCGGCAAUAUGAACCUGAACCUCCACCUGAUGGAAAUAUUAAUGCUAUACUUGAGGAAGAAGAGGCCUUGAUCGCUGCUCAUAGAAAAGAAAUCGAGGACACAAUGGAGAUUGUCCGUGAAGAAAUGAAGCUGCUGGCAGAAGUGGACCAACCAGGCAGCCUUAUAGACAACUAUGUGACCCAAUUGAGCUUUGUGCUUUCUCGCAAGGCAGCAGGUCUGGUUAGUCUUCAAUCUCGCCUUACAAGGUUUCAACACCGGUUGAAAGAACAGGAGAUACUUAGUCGGAAAAGAGUACCUCGCUAAGGCACCUUUUUUGUAUCUUUGAACAUAUCCUGUCAUGUAAUUUCCUUCUCUCAUAUUUUUGCAGUGUUCUUUUGCCAAUGUUGAACGGUUCUGUGUAUUCAAUGUAUAUGGACCUUCUCUGGUUAUAAUAUAUAGUUUUUGUCUUCCUCUCACAGUUAUUAAAAAAAAAAAAAAAAA